AUGUCAGUCGAAGCAAAAACGUUCACGAACAAAUCUAAUGGCGAAACAUUCACAAAAGGUACUUAUAACGGUAUUGAAGUCUUACGUAGAGACAAGGAUAGUUACAUUAAUGCAACAAAUAUGUGUCAGCAGUUUAGGAAAGACUUUAGAAAGUUGUUGGAAAAUAAGUCCUGGGAAGAGUAUUAUAAGGCAUUUUGUGAAGAAUAUAGCAACCGCCGGAAUUCAGACGGUUGCUUUUUAUACAAAAUUCAUGCCGGAAUUCCUGAUGAAAUCAAACAGGUUAGAGGAACGUAUGUAGACCCAAGACUUAUAAACUAUAUAGCAAUGUGGGCUUCUCCAAAUAUUGCAUAG